CUCUGCAGUCACCAGCUAGACGGUGACGUCACUCAAUUCAAUCGCUAGGCAAGCCCGGACACACACCGGCAGGCGAUGAGCGGCGUUGCUUGUCCGACCCAGGCAACCGGGGGACCAAAAAAAACUGCUGAGCCGGGGACGGUUGAAGACCACGACGUAGACCACACCAGCGAGGAGCCGGGACUAUUCGACGGGGACCGUGUUGCGUUUAAGUGCCGUUUUUUGUUCCUCGUAUAAGCAUCACCGGGCUACCUGUCAGAGCAGCCUGACACGGAGCUUAUCGCAGCAGGUUUUUAUAGACGUGACAAUGACUCUCCAGGAUGAACUGACCACGGCCGCGGCGAAGGGAAACACGGCAGCGGUGAAGGCUCUUCUGGACAGAGGAGCUCAAGUUAACGGGACGAACAGUUUUGGACGAACCGCUCUGCAGGUAAUGAUGAUGGGGAGCACGUCGGUGGCUCAGCUGUUACUCGAGCAUGGAGCGAAUCCCAACGUGGGGGACUCAAGCACCGGGGCAAGCCCGCUGCACGACGCUGCUAGGACGGGCUUUGUGGACACCGUGCACCUGUUAGUGCAGCACCACGCAGACCCGCAGGCCAGGGACAAGCUAAACCGUCUGCCUGUCGAUUUAGCCAGACAGCACGGCCAUGGAGAUGUUGUUGAUUUCCUGGAGAGUCUGCAAAAUCCUUAACGCUGUGAUGUCUAUUUUUUUUUUUUUUUUUUUUAACUCCUUGCAGCCGGUUCUGAAGGUGGACUUUGCAGAGCAGGGGCCUAAAAAGGCCUUCAGCCGAAAUUACACACUUGAAGUUUUGCUGUAAAAUGUAAUAUUACUCUUUAUUUAUUCACUUUCGGUGUGUAUCAUUAUUUUAUUUCUAACGAAAUCAGGGUUGUCGAUGGGUCUGUGUGUAAAAAUGUAGGCCACAAAUCGCAACAUUUGUUAAUUUAAGAAUACGUUUUACUUGUUUUGUUUUAUUUGUUUGGUUUUUUUUUCCAAGUGUUUAUUUUCACUUUUUAAACAUUUUUCCUUGUAAAUAUAAUGUACAGUUUUACCCAAAUAUUAUAUUGUUUGCAUAUCAGAUAUUUAACUAAAUAAUACAAAAGAUAUUUUAGAAAGAAAUUACAAAUUUUGCGAAGUUUGUGAACUUUUUUUUUUUUUUAAAUCCAGGAUGCACACUACUGAGUCCUAAUCUCAUUAUUACCUGAUACUGAUAUUCUGCACCUUGAUGUAAACUGUAACACUGGUUUGUGAAGGCUGGACUGCUGUAGGAUGCGUACUGGAGAAUUAAAAACAAAUGGAAAAAUACAUGAAAAACGUGACUCUGAACUCAGCAGUUUAAUUAUCCAAAAGGAGCUUUUGAAUAAAUUAAACUUUUCUUAA